AAAAUCAAAAUUAGUCUGUGAACGUACAAAUGCAGUGCAGUCGUUCGUGAUUAAAAUUGAAAUUUGAUUUUUACUGAAAUUUGUAAAAUAAUCUAGUUAACUUAGUUAUAUCCCAAACAAAACUAGAAUUUACUUUGAUUUUUUAAUCAUAUUAACUAUUUUUGGAAUUGCAGUUUAGUCUGAUUCGUGUCCCGUCAAAUUUUUUUGGGAUUUCUGAAAUCAAAGUGACAAAGUGGGUAGUUUUUGUAUGCUUUUAAAGUAAAUAUUUAAAAAAUAUUGUGUUACGAAAGGGUCAUGUCGCAGUUUAUUAAAUAGGAGGCAAAUAAAACACCGGUGGUCAAACUGCUCACAUCGAAUUCUAAGGAACAACAUGGAGUCCUUCAAAAGAAAAAAUCGCCCUGCUCACCCCAGAGCUUCAGCAAAUCCAUUGUCAGCCUUAACUUUCACUUGGACCUUGCCAGUAUUUUGGAGCAGUUUGAAAAAGGAAUUGGAAGAGCAAGAUUUGUAUGAGCCCUUAGAUGAACAUUCCUCAGGUCCACUCGGUGAUAAAUUCGCUCGCCUAUGGGAGGAGGAGGUUGCCAAGGCUGGUAACAAACGGAAACCAAGCUUACUCCGCGUCAUACUUAAGGCAUACGCUGCUAGAUGCAUGCUCUACGGAUUCAUAUUGUUGAUCAUGGAAUGCGUGAUAAAGAUAGCUCAGCCAAUAUUUCUUGGUUGGUUGGUGGAAUAUUACAGCCCCGACAGUAAAAUGACGCCCUCGGACGCAUAUCUCUGCGCUGCGGCAGUCGUAGUAUGCUCAGCUCUUAAUGUAUUCGUCAUGCAUCCAUAUAUGAUGGCCAUAUUACACAUGGGAAUGAAGUUCAGGGUCGCCUGCUGCUCGCUCAUCUACAGAAAGUCUCUGCGAUUAUCGAAGACCGCUCUCGGCGAGACGACAAUCGGUCAAGUCGUCAACCUGUUGUCGAACGACGUGAAUCGUUUCGACGUCGCGGUGAUAUUCAUCCACUAUCUAUGGAUCGGGCCGCUGGUCACCGUGAUCAUCACAUACUUUAUGUGGCUGGAGAUCAACUGGGCCGCGGUGGUCGGAGUAGCUUUCAUGCUGGCAUUCAUACCGCUGCAAGCUUACUUGGGAAAAAAGACUUCGGUUUUGAGACUAAAAACGGCAUUAAGGACCGACGAACGUGUCCGACUUAUGAAUGAAAUUCUAUCCGGUAUUCAAGUCAUCAAGAUGUACACUUGGGAGAAACCUUUCGCUGACCUCGUCGCCAAAGCUAGGAAACACGAAAUAAAACAAAUCCGAGCGACGUCUUACAUCCGAGGAGUGCUCACUUCGUUCAUAAUGUUCACGACGCGCAGUUGCUUAUUCUGUUCGAUACUGGCGUACGUGCUGGUGAACAAUGUGAUCACCGCCAAACAAGUGUUCGUUAUAACGAGCUUCUACAGUAUAUUGAGGCAGUCCAUGACCGUGUUCUUUCCGCAAGGUAUUGCUCAAGUAGCUGAAGCUUUGAUAUCCAUAAAACGGCUUCAGAGCUUCAUGUUAUACGAAGACACAAACAAACCCGUUCCCGGACUGGCCGAGAUACAAACCUCAACGAAACCCAAGGAGGUGACAAAGGAUUCUCUGUUGCCCGCCAGCGAUGAGUUGGAUGUGAAAAAGGAUGAUUCGAAAUUGACAGCCACCGGUGAUAGUUCCGCAGAAACCAAAGAAGCCAAGGGUAAUGGAAACGUAAACUUAGCCCCCAUAGAGGCUAGUGAAGAGGAUGAACAAGAAUUAUCGGCUCGCGUCGAAGAGGACUCCCGCGGCGUGAGACUCAAGCACGCCACCGCCAAAUGGAUACAGUCGCAUCCGGAAAAUACGCUCACCGAUCUGUCUCUCACCAUAAAACCGGGGAAGUUAAUAGCAGUAAUAGGCCCAGUCGGUGCGGGCAAGUCGUCCCUUCUGCACGUGUUACUGCGGGAGUUGCCGCUCGCGUCGGGAAGCGUGCACGUCGGCGGAACCGUGUCCUAUGCGAGCCAAGAGCCUUGGCUCUUUGCGGGGAGCGUCCGUCAGAAUAUCUUGUUCGGUCAGCCGAUGGAUCGUCCCCGGUACAACACCGUGGUGCGGAGGUGCGCGCUCGACCGCGACUUCGCGCUUUUCCCGCACGGAGACAAGACCGUCGUCGGCGAACGUGGCGUCAGUCUCAGUGGAGGUCAACGCGCCCGUAUAUCUCUGGCUCGCGCGGUGUACAAGCGCGCCGACAUAUACUUGCUGGACGACCCGCUAUCCGCCGUCGACGCACACGUCGGUCGGCACUUGUUCGAGUCGUGCGUGGUCGGGUACCUGCGGAACUCAACGCGGAUACUCGUCACGCAUCAGCUGCAGUUCCUCAGGGACGUCGAUCAGAUAAUAAUAUUGAAAAAUGGUACAAUAGCGGCGGCCGGUAACUUCGAUACUUUGAGCGCGUCUGGUCUUGAUUUUGCUACGUUGUUGGCGCGCGACCAGCACGAGGAAGAGAAACCGACCGAGGCCGCAGUCCUUACCGACACCGAGGAUAAUAACUCGGUUCUCCACGGAAGCUUUAGGAAACGACAACUGAGUAUUCAUUCCGUGAGCUCGGUGGACAACCUGACGGCGACGGCGCCCCCGGAAGGCACCCGCGAGGAGGCGGAGAUGAAGUCUGCGGGCGCGGUGUCGGGGCGCGUGUACGGCGCCUACCUGCGAGCCUGCGGUAACGCAUUCGUGAUCACAUUGAUGCUGCUUGUCGCCGUCUUAGCGCAGCUACUCGGUUCUGCCUCCGAUUGGUGGACCAGCUUCUGGGUAAAGUUGGAAGAGAAAAAUUACGCGUCUCAUACGUUGCGCACUUUCGAUGAUCGAAAUGAGACGGGAAGUUUACAAGCCGCGGACCCUAGAGUCGAUAAUGCGAUCUUCUCUGACGUCGGCCUGUCUCGCUAUGAUUGCAUUUAUAUUUACACUGGUAUCGUAGCGGCUCUGGUAGCGGUCACGUUGCUGCGUUCGUUUAUGUUCUUCUGGAUAGCGAUGCGCGCCUCGACCCGCCUGCACAACAACAUGUUCGCGGCCAUCACCCGCGCCCCCAUGCGCUUCUUCCACGUCAACCCCUCGGGCCGGAUCCUCAACCGCUUCUCCAAGGACAUGGGCGCUGUCGAUGAAGUGCUGCCCUCUGCCGUUAUUGAUGUCUUACAAAUCGGUCUGUCGCUGAUCGGUAUCGUGGUCGUGGUGGCGAUAGUGAACUACUGGCUUCUGGUGCCGACGGUGGCGAUCGGCGUCAUCUUCUACGGGCUCCGCAUAUUCUACCUGGCCACGUCGCGGAACAUCAAACGCCUCGAGGGUGUGACUCGGAGUCCCGUGUUCUCGCACCUCAACGCUUCGUUGCAAGGUAUCACCACUAUCAGAGCGUUCGGCGCUCAAGAGGCUCUCAUCAGGGAAUUCGACAAUCAUCAGGAUCUACACAGUUCAGCUUGGUACAUGUUCAUCGCGAGCUCAAGAGCGUUCGGUUUCUGGUUGGAUUUGGUGUGCGUUGUUUACAUCGCGGUGGUCACCAUGAGCUUCCUCGUGCUCGGCAAUGAGAAGUACGGAGGGGACGUCGGUCUGGCCAUAACGCAGGCGAUGGGUCUGACCGGCAUGUUCCAGUGGGGCAUGCGGCAGUCCACUGAACUGGAGAACCAAAUGACCAGUGUCGAGAGGAUCGACGAAUAUUCGAACAUAGAAUCGGAGCCCCCCCUCCAGUCGGAGGGCGACAAGAAGCCUCCCCCCUCGUGGCCGGAGGCGGGCGGCGUGCAGUUCCGCCACGUACAUCUGUACUACGCGCCCGGCGAGCCCGCCGUGCUCCGGGACUUGUCCUUCAUCAUUCUACCCAAAGAGAAGGUCGGCAUCGUCGGCAGGACCGGCGCCGGGAAAUCUUCUCUCAUCAAUGCUUUGUUCAGGCUUGCGACAAUAGAAGGUGAGAUCAUAAUCGAUAAUCGAGAGACUUCUUCGAUGGGCCUGCAUGAGCUCCGUAGUCAGAUCUCGAUAAUUCCUCAAGAGCCAGUUCUAUUUUCGGGCACCAUGAGACACAAUCUGGAUCCCUUCGAUGAAUAUCCCGACCAAGUAUUGUGGAGGGCCUUGGAAGAGGUUGAGCUGAAGGAAGUAGUGCAGGAGCUCCCGGCCGGUCUGAACUCUCGCAUGUCGGAGGGCGGCGGGAACUUCUCCGUGGGGCAGCGGCAGCUCGUGUGCCUCGCGCGGGCCAUCGUCAGGCGGAACCGCCUGCUCGUGCUGGACGAGGCCACCGCCAACGUCGACCCGCAAACCGAUGCCCUCAUACAAACGACAAUUAGAAACAAAUUCGCAGAAUGCACAGUACUCACGAUUGCUCACAGACUUCACACCGUCAUGGAUUCUGAUAAGGUUCUCGUUAUGGACGCCGGUCAAAUGGUGGAGUUUGAUCAUCCGCACGUGCUGCUGCAGAAGCACGAGGGCGUCCUGCGCGGCAUGGUCGAGCAGACCGGCAAGGCCAUGGCCGACACGCUCGCGCGGGUCGCGCAACAGGCUUACGAGAAGAAAAAUUUAGGGAGUGCGACAGAAUGAUCUAGUUUAACAUGAAUGUAGGCUACGAAUUACUUAAAAUACGUGUUAUUAAUGUUCCUAUGAGGGAUGUACAAAAGGAUCUGUUUUAUUCCGUAAGUGUGUAGGCUGCCCGCCGAUACGUCACGCUUAUGUCACAAAUGUAUUCGUUAUUUAUAUGGUAGGAACUAUUUGUAAGAAUAGGUUUUUGUUAAUUAUUGCGUGUUUGUAAAACAAGUGAGAUUUCCAUUGGAUGGUUACCAAAAUUGAUCUUUAUGUUAGAGUAGUUAAAAGGAUAUUUUGACUGCAAUACCAAAUCCUUAUCGAAUAUUUUCUUAAUUUAAAUUUACUACAAUGUAAACAGUGUCUUAAUUAGUUUUUUUUGUUUGUUUGAAGAAAUCAAAGCUUUACCGUAUUAUUAUAUACAAAAGGUGCUACAAUUUUACUUGUAGACUUUGAACGAGGCCUAUUAUAGGUUUAGCGUGUACUUACAUUAAUUAUAUAAAUAACGGAAAAACAAAAGGAAACGUUACUUAUUAACACUGUAAGUGUCUUUGAUGAUAAAUAAUAUUUUAAGUAGCUAAUUUUAUUCAGUGAUAUGUAUUGUGUACUUAUGUCGAUAUGUGAUUAUGGAUUUGAUAAAAUUAUAUUCAACAUACAAUUUUUAUUCUGAUAAUAUACUGAUGUUUGUAGAAAUUGAAAAUGUUUGUUGAUUAAUACAACAAAAUAAAAUUUUAGAUUG